CUCCAGCGGCUAGAAGGACUGAGGACCAUCGGUGUCACCACCAAUGGCAUCAACCUAGCCCGACUGCUGCCUCAGCUUCAGAGAGCUGGUCUAAGUGCCAUCAACAUCAGCCUGGACACCCUGGUGCCAGCCAAAUUUGAGUUCAUCGUCCGCAGGAAAGGCUUCCACAAAGUCAUGGAGGGCAUCCACAAGGCCAUCGAGCUGGGCUACAACCCUGUUAAGGUCAACUGUGUGGUGAUGCGAGGCCUGAACGAGGACGAACUCCUGGACUUUGUGGCCUUUACUGAGGGACUCCCUCUAGACGUGCGCUUCAUAGAGUACAUGCCCUUUGAUGGCAACAAGUGGAACUUCAAGAAGAUGGUCAGCUACAAGGAGAUGCUGGAAACUGUCCGGCAGCAGUGGCCAGAGCUGGAGAAGCUGCCAGAGGAGAAAUCCAGCACAGCCAAGGCCUUUAAAGUCCCUGGCUUCCGAGGUCAGAUCAGCUUCAUCACGUCAAUGUCUGAGCACUUUUGUGGGACCUGCAACCGGCUGCGAAUCACAGCUGAUGGGAACCUCAAGGUCUGCCUCUUUGGGAACUCUGAGGUAUCUCUACGGGAUCACCUGCGGGCAGGGGCCUCUGAACAGGAGCUGCUGAGAAUCAUUGGGGCUGCUGUGGACAGGAAGAAGCGGCAGCAUGCAGGCAUGUUCAGUAUUUCCCAGAUGAAGAACCGGCCCAUGAUCCUCAUCGAAUUAUUUUUGAUGUUCCAAGAUUCCCCACCAGCCAAUCUGAGCAUUUCCUCCCGGGACACCUUCCAUGUUCAGGGUCUGAAACCCAGAGUGAGUUUCUCCAACCAGAUGGCAACUCUAUGGAAAGGAUGCGGGGUCUCCCAGACCCAACUCCUAGCCCUGUGUCAGUUGGGGUCUUACUCUCCUUAUAGACACUACACUUCUCAUGCAGACUCAGAUAACAAUUCCAAGUGCCUUAGCCCAGGAACCUGGGCUCCUGCCACCCCCUUAGAACCCCUGUCAACCUCAGAACAACUAACCCAUGUGGACUCAGAAGGACGGGCAGCUAUGGUAGAUGUGGGCAGGAAGCCAGACACAGACCGGGUGGCUGUGGCCUCAGCCGUGGUCCUCUUGGGGCCUGUGGCCUUCAAGCUCGUCCAGCAGAACCAGCUCAAGAAGGGAGAUGCCCUGGUGGUGGCCCAGCUGGCUGGGGUUCAAGCGGCCAAGCUGACCAGCCAGCUGAUUCCUCUGUGCCACCACGUGGCCCUGAGCCAUGUUCAGGUGCAGCUAGAGCUGGACAGCAUGCACCAUGCCGUGGUGAUCCAGGCAUCUUGCCGGGCACGGGGCCCCACUGGGGUGGAGAUGGAGGCCCUGACCUCUGCUACUGUGGCCGCCCUCACCUUGUACGACAUGUGCAAGGCCGUCAGCAGGGACAUUGUGUUGGGGGAGAUCAAGCUCAUUAGCAAGACUGGCGGUCAGCGGGGGGACUUCCAUAGAGCUUAGAGCUCCUGCCCUCCUACUCAUGGCCCAGCCAGGUCUAGAAAUGGGGUGAAUUUGGGUUGAGGGAAAAACGUCAAGUUCCUUCAAUCCAGUCUCUGUUUACCUUUACCAGUAAGAACCUGAAGUCAGCCUAUUCUACUGCUAUGUCUGCUGCUUGAUGAUCACUGAUGACCCGUGGGGUUUCCUUUCUACAGAGAGGACACCAGCAGGCCCAUAAGCCUUCCAGGACAUGCAGGUCAUGGGAGGGGGUUGCAAUGAGCAAUGCUAGAUAACCGAAAAAUCACUUCUAUUAUUGUGGAUUAUUUUAGACAACCAGUUUCAGACAGUCCAGCCUGUAACUUUGACUUCUCAUUUUGGGCUUUCUCUUCACCUACUUUCCUGGGGAGAAAAUAAGGGCUCAUAAGCAGAGAAGCCCACUCUGAGGAGAGCAAAGCACAAGCUUGCAUGAAGAAAGCUCUGUCUUUCCAAGUCUGUGAAGCUGCAGCCCUGCCCUGCCUCUCCUCCCCCAUCUCUCCUGCCCGAGUCUAUUUCAUCAAACUUCUGGGCUUCCAGAUGAACAAUUGUCCUAUCCUGCUAGCUCCCUCAGGCCCCCUUCCUCUUACACAGGAUGCACACACAUAGGUUGCAGCCCCUAGGACUCCUGACGGACCACAUCACCCCCACCUGGCCCUGCUUGUGGCCGUUUUACCCAUUCCUCUUUAUUCUAGAACAUAUCAGGGAAAGAAGAAAGUUGAAGACUGCCUUCACCUUCACAGUGCACUAAUAAAGCUAUGAUGCCAACUUUGCGGA